CAUUGCACAGAGAAAGAGAGAGAGGGAGAGCAGAGGAGGUUACUUUGGGAAGCAGUACAGCUUGCUCAUCCGAUCCGUGUAGUUCAGACAGAGUGUGUCAUGUUACAGAGAAGCCAGGAUCAGCCACAGUGCAACUCCAAAGCAGUUGAGAAUUACCUCUCUCUAAUGGGGACUUUCAUGUGCAAUCUCUUAACCACUCUGCUAAGGAACUGAAACUGACAAACCUAGAGGGAGAGGAAAAGAGCAACAAACAAAAAAGACUGAAAGACAUAAACUGAUCUGAUUAUUUUCCCCAAAACUUUUCUGGAGUUGGAGCCUUUCUUUUUUUUAAAUAACUUUUUCCCCCUUUUUAUCCAUACAAUUUUGUUAUUAUUGUUGUUAUAAUUUCUAUUAUUCAGUGGCAUUGGGAUUCCCUCGGACGCUGCUCUUCCAUGAAUUCUGGAUUGUUCUUCUUGGAGUGGGAUUGAAACUUUAUUUAUUCUAUUUAUUUAUUUAUUGUUUCUCAGGACAGGGAGGGAAUGCUGGAGGAGAAGGGCUGGAAAGGUGCUAGCAAUGGUGCCUUUGACAGGGGGUGCAUUGCUCCCCCCGGGACAGGGGAUGGAGAAAGAUGCUGCAGGUUUCCUCUACUGCUGGGCUCUGGGCUUCCUGGGGUGACUUUGAUUUCUCUGGUGUUGAGCCUCCUGCUAUACUUUAGGACAUCAGACCUGCAAUCCAGGGUUUCACAUUUGGAAGCAGACAGAUGCAUUCAGCUCCCUGCCUGGCUCUCUGCAGACCAAAUGGAGACAGCUAUUUUGGGAAGAGUUGACCAACUGCUUGAUGAGAAAUUAAAGAUCAACUUGCCGAGAAAUCGAGAAGUUCGAGAUACCCACCAGAGGUGCAACUGCCCAGCAGGUCCUCCUGGCCCUACAGGAAGACCAGGGCUUCCGGGUGACAAAGGCGCCAUGGGGAUCCCUGGAAGACCGGGACUAAAGGGGCAACCCGGAGAGAAGGGAACCCCUGGAGAAGCAGGCAUGUCCAUCAUUGGUCCCCGAGGCCCUCCCGGACAGCCUGGAACAAGAGGUUUUCCUGGAUUUCCGGGCCCGAUUGGUUUGGAUGGCAAACCUGGCCAUUCUGGACAUAAGGGGGAGAUGGGUGUUGCUGGUCCCAAGGGACAGCCGGGACCUCCAGGACAAAAAGGAGAAAAGGGCCAGUGUGGAGACUACCCACACAGGGAAUAUCUAAGUACAACACUUGCAGCCCUGCGCUCUAAUCAGAUCCUUACACUAAAGGGUGAACAAGGACAGGCGGGGAUUCAAGGUCCACCAGGGCCACCUGGUCCACCAGGGCCAACUGGACCAUCUGGACCAGCAGGAAAUCCAGGACAACCUGGCCUAGUUGGGCCACCUGGCAAAGCAGGGGAGCCUGGAAAGGCAGGCAAGGAUGGAAAGGGUUUACCUGGACCCCCUGGACCAAAGGGAGACCCUGGAAUUCAAGGAUAUCAUGGGAGGAAGGGUGAGGUGGGUGAGGCUGGCCUACCAGGUGCACCUGGCCUUCCUGGACCUAUUGGCCCCAAGGGUGAAAAGGGGGACACUGGCAUGAAGGGGGAGAGGGGCAUGCCAGGGCUGCCAGGAAAACAUGGAGCUAAGGGGGUUCCUGGAAUGGCUGCUUCAGGGAUGAAGGGAGAACCUGGAGUUGCAGGGAUGAUGGGCCCCCCAGGUUUGCCAGGGAAAAGGGGACAGAGGGGAGAGAAGGGAAGAGCUGGUGAUCCCGGACUUCCUGGAUUCCUAGGACAAAAGGGAGAGAAGGGAGAUGCUGGCAAUUCCCUCGGGGGAGGUAAAGGGGAACCCGGACCCCGGGGACUACCUGGGCCUCCAGGACCAAAGGGGAAAGCUGGUGACAUUGGCCAGACUGGCAUUGCAGGACCGCAGGGGGAAAAGGGAGAACCUGGAGCACCUGGAAAACAGGGGCCUGUCGGUCCAAGGGGUCCCAAAGGGGAGCCAGGAAAGGAUGAAAUUGUGGAUUAUGAUGGUAACAUCAACGAAGCUCUACAGGAAAUACGAACCUUGGCCCUGAUGGGACCUCCUGGACUUCCAGGAGUAGCUGGGACCCCAGGGCUACCAGGACAGAAGGGUGAAAUUGGUUUGCCGGGUCCUCCUGGACACGAUGGAGAGAAGGGGCCACGUGGUAAAUCAGGAGAGGUGGGGCCUCCUGGUCCCCAAGGGCCCCCAGGAAAGGAAGGAUCUCCAGGAGUGAAGGGAGAGACUGGACUUACGGGGACCCCAGGAGCAAAGGGGGAAAAGGGGGAGGCAGGAGAAGCUGGCUCUCCGGGUCUUGAUGGCCCAAAUGGGGAGAAAGGAGAACGAGGUGACCAAGGGAUACCAGGACCUUCAGGAUUACCAGGUCUAAUUGGACUUCCAGGAUUGACAGGAGAGAAAGGAGAACCUGGUGAGGAUGGAGAAAAAGGAGACCCAGGGGACUCAGUAUCGGGGCCACCCGGGCCCCAAGGCCCACCAGGUGCUGCAGGUCUUCAAGGCCUGCCAGGACCGAAGGGGGAAGCAGGGAUUGAUGGAAUGAAAGGAGAGAAGGGUGUCGAGGGUGAGAAAGGAGACCGAGGUCCACUGGGAUUGCCCGGUGCUUCAGGUUUAGACGGCAGGCCUGGACCACCGGGUACUCCAGGACCAAUUGGAGCUCCAGGACCAGCAGGACCAAAAGGGGAAAGGGGCAGUAAAGGAGACCCUGGAAAUGCAGGACCAAAGGGGCCAGCUGGGCUUCCUGGUUUACAAGGCCCAUCUGGUGACAAAGGAAACCGGGGGGAGAGGGGCAAGAAAGGCUCUAGAGGGCCUAAAGGGGAUAAGGGAGACCAAGGAGCGCCUGGAUUAGAUGCACCCUGUCCAUUGGGGGAAGAUGGCUUGCCAGUUCAGGGCUGCUGGAAUAAGUAAUGUUCUAACCAUGGACUGGCCUGUGUGUGUUUUGUACAUAGAAUAUUUAUUUUUAUACAAUGUUCUUUUCUGAAAUGCCAAGAAGUUAUACAUUUUACAAAUUAUCAAAAGCUGCAUAUAUUUUGUACAGAAAAUACUAAAUUUCCCUUUCUCUGUUUGUCAAUACUUUAUAUAAUUCUGUGUCUAUAUUAUGCUUAUAUUGUUGUGGAGUCCAGCUGUAAUAUUUGCAUGAUAUUUGUGCACACUUGAUAAGUAUUGGAACUUAAUAAAUUAUUGCAUUCAGGUGCCAAAAGGAACUGCCCUAUAUAAAUCUGAAGGUCAUUUCCCUUGCCAAAUCAGGAAAAUUAAAGAAUAUUUGAAGUGUUAUGGAUUUUAUUAUUAAAAUGAAAUAUGACAGUUAUCUUUUUGUGAAUAAACUAUGGUGUUGCUGGAGAAAGCCUGGGGCAGCCAGCAGUGCUA